CGGCUUCAUCAGAAGCUAGUAGUAGAGAAGAAGCUCGUCGUAACCCUAAAAUCUAGCGGCGAAGAUGGGACGCGUCCGCACGAAGACGGUGAAGAAAUCCUCCCGCCAGGUGAUCGAGAAGUACUACUCGCGCAUGACGCUCGACUUCCACACGAACAAGAAGAUCCUCGAGGAAGUCGCGAUCAUCCCUUCGAAGCGUCUCCGCAACAAGAUCGCGGGAUUCUCCACGCAUCUCAUGAAGAGGAUCCAGAAGGGGCCCGUCCGCGGGAUCUCACUCAAGCUCCAGGAGGAGGAGCGCGAGCGACGCAUGGACUUCGUUCCCGACGAGUCCGCCAUCAAAACCGAUCGCAUCGAGGUGGAUAAGGAGACGCUGGACAUGCUCGCCUCGUUGGGGAUGGCGGAUAUGCCGGGCGUCGUCAAGGUGGAUCCGGUCUCCGCGGCUCCUGUUGCUGCAUUUGGCCGUGGAAGGAGGUUCUAGAAGAAAUCGAUCCUUUUUAAGCAUCAUUUCGUAUGUGUUUGUUUUGCUCAACUCUGAAUGCUCUAUAAAGCUUUAAUGUUAUAAGUUUAUUAACAA